AUGGAUUUAAUAAAGCACUCGAUUCAAAUGAUAAUUUAUGUCAAAUUUCUAAUUUUUGUAUUUCUAUAUUCAAUAACAUAUGAUAAUUUGACUAUUGAAUACUCCACUGAUACAUCGUCUACUGAUACUCGGAGUAACGAAUCAAUUGAUUCGAGAUAG